GGAACGAGGACGCUAACCAAUGGAGUGAAAGAGGCUUGGCUAACCUUAGCCUCCCAUUUUCUCUCUCCCCCCUCAAUGCAGGGUUCUGACCAGUCAGUCGCCUUUGAUUAUCAGUUGCCAGCAGCCCCUCUCUUGGCUCCUUGACACGAGCACCAUAUAAGGCGCAGCGAUCUCCAUAGAAACGUGUCAGUUUCAAUAGUAGUGUCAAAGUUCACUAUAUACAGACAUUCGCGCAGAUCUCUGCUUCGGAAACAUUGCUCCGCUGGUCUUCCCGUUGAAGCGCGUUCAUUUUUGGGUCUCUGCUUCUUGCAUAUUCUAUUAGUUGUUUUUUCCUUUUAUCCGCGCUCCGGUCCUCCCGGAGAGGUGAAACUACUCAUCCACUCUGGCGCUGUUAUUUUUGCGGGUCCAGAUGAGCUUUAUUCAUGAUCAUAGAUAGAGAGUCCCGCUCUUCAGUUUUUCCUCCUCUUCAGCCGCGAAGACGGAGAAAGGAGCAGAGGAAGAAAAAGAAGGGAAUUAAUUUCACACAGCACUUUGGAUCGAGUCUUCGUCCGAGAGCAUUUAUUUUUAUUUCUAUGUCAUUGUGAAGAUUUCCUGCCUCUCCGAAAGCUGUUUCCAAUGAACUGAUUUUUUUCUGCGUCUGGUUCGCUUUAUUUCUACAAGAUUGCUUUCCCGAAUGGCUGACUGCAAUUUACCCUGGAACUGGCCUCCCGACACUUGCAUAUCCUGAUCGGGUGCCUGUCUCUUGUCUCUUGUUUUUGAAUAUAUUGAUCGUUCGCUGUUUGUACUUUUCUCUGUGAGAUUGGUUGCUCCUAUAAGACUUAACACUGUCGUGCGUAUACCCUUUCCCGUUUACCAGCUCUAAUAUCCGAGCGACCAGUUCGCUUGAAAGCACUUUUCGGGCCCGAGAUAUGGCAAUGGUAGUUAGCGUCUGGCGAGAUCCGCAGGAAGACGUGGCCGGAGGACCUCCGAGCGGCCCCAAUCCAGCAACUCAGCCGGGGAGGGAGCAACAGCAGGCGGCGUCAGCUGCACCGCACACUCCGCAGACCCCCAGUCAGCCAGGACCCCCUUCAACACCGGGGACUGCUGGCGACAAAGGGCAGCAGAAUUCUGGACAGAAUCAGCAGCAUAUUGAAUGUGUCGUUUGUGGAGACAAAUCGAGCGGCAAGCACUAUGGUCAAUUCACCUGCGAGGGAUGCAAAAGUUUCUUCAAGAGGAGUGUCCGAAGGAACUUAACGUAUACAUGUCGUGCCAACAGAAACUGUCCCAUUGACCAGCACCAUCGAAAUCAAUGUCAAUACUGUCGGCUCAAGAAGUGCUUGAAAGUGGGAAUGCGGCGGGAAGCGGUUCAGCGAGGACGAAUGCCUCCAACCCAACCGAACCCAGGCCAGUACGCGCUCACCAACGGGGAUCCCCUGAACGGCCAUUGCUAUCUGUCCGGAUACAUCUCAUUACUGCUUCGGGCCGAGCCUUACCCCACGUCCCGCUAUGGCAGCCAGUGCAUGCAGCCUAACAAUAUCAUGGGAAUCGAGAAUAUCUGUGAGUUGGCUGCUCGUUUGCUGUUCAGCGCCGUGGAAUGGGCAAGGAACAUCCCUUUCUUUCCCGACCUGCAAAUCACCGACCAGGUGUCCCUACUCAGACUGACAUGGAGCGAGUUGUUUGUGCUUAACGCGGCGCAGUGCUCCAUGCCCCUGCACGUGGCUCCACUGCUAGCCGCCGCCGGCCUCCAUGCUUCGCCGAUGUCGGCGGACCGAGUUGUGGCCUUUAUGGAUCACAUUCGGAUCUUCCAGGAGCAAGUGGAGAAGCUGAAGGCCCUACACGUCGACUCGGCAGAGUACAGCUGUAUCAAAGCAAUAGUACUCUUCACGUCAGACGCCUGCGGCCUGUCAGAUGCGGCUCACAUCGAAAGCCUCCAGGAGAAAUCUCAGUGCGCCUUAGAGGAAUACGUGAGGAGCCAGUAUCCAAACCAGCCCAGCCGCUUUGGGAAGCUCUUGCUUCGGUUGCCCUCUCUCCGCACCGUCUCCUCUUCGGUAAUCGAGCAGCUGUUUUUCGUCCGCUUGGUAGGUAAAACUCCCAUUGAAACCCUCAUCAGGGAUAUGUUAUUAUCCGGGAGCAGCUUCAACUGGCCUUACAUGUCCAUUCAAUGAUCCGAAUGAGAGAAAGCGAGAAAAAAGAGACCUAAGGACCAAAACACAUCAAGUCGUGCAAGAAGACUUAAUAUAGGACCUCGUUUCUGAUCACCUUAGAAGACACCGCAUUUUUAAGUCUUCGGAACCGUGAUGGAAUAUGAUGUACAGAGAAUAAAGAACUGGACUUACGCCCAUGUAAAUCCCCAUCCAUCUUCAAGAACACUCUUCAUUUUGUAAAAUACUAGUCUUUAUUUUCCUUUUUUUGUAAAAAAAAAAAUACACCCAAAUAAAUUGAAGAACAUCAUAUGCGCAGUAAAAAUGAAUCAAGACUUAGCGGGAAAGUAAUGUUUCCAAGCAAUUAUAAGAUAUGUCCUGUGUCUAUGUAUCUGUUUUGUAUUUUUUUCUGGUUCUAAACCAGGUUUUCUGUGAUUCUAUACUAAUGAUUUUUUGAUAUAACCUUUUGCUUCUUAUAAUGAGUGCGAUAUAUGUUGUUGAAGCUAUGUUCUCCAAGAAUUAAAAUUGAAGUGAGAAUUUAAAACAUAAAAAUAAAGAAAAUUUUAGACAAAUAAGAAACCGUCUAAUCGCAAUGACAAUAUUAUCACUGAUGGUUGAUCACCCCCCUCCAACCAUGCAAUGGACAUGCAACUCGACGGAUAACUGACCUCACGGACUUAUGAGGAGAGGAAACCCAUCAAACUUUUUUUUUGUUCUUUCUUGGUCAUGUGUGUGUGGGUGUGUGUGUGUGUGCGUGCUGCGCUUGUGUGUUGAGUCAAUCAUCAUUCAAAGAAGAACUACAUGAAUCAAAAAGCACUUUUAAUAUAUCAUUUUCAAAUACAUUUUGUUUGUUUCGUCUUGAUGUUUGUUGUUUCUUGAGUUUUAUUUUGUGUCGCCUUUCAUUUCCACGCUUUAUGACUGCUGACUGGUGGUGCUAUAAGGGGGCUUGUGGGUGGGUCAUGGGUUUAUAGUUUUGAUUUGUUGAUGUGAAGUAAAAAAAAAAAAAAAAAAAAAAGCAAGAUAGUGUGUUGUGUGAACCAUUUCGCAUAUACUUUGCAGUACAACAUACAGGUGGUCUUUCGCUUGAUAUCAUAAGCCGCUGAUAACCAAUGGGGCAGCUAGAUUUUCAUUAUGCUAAAUGGCCUCAUCGUCAGCGAAUGCACGUAGGCUUGUUUGAUUAAAACAAGGGCUUUAAGGGAUUUUGCUAUGUAUUGGUAGAAAACAAUAACGCUUGUGUCGGCUUUAAUGAGAGCGAUGUGAGAGAUGACUGUUCUUCCUCGGGUGGCCCUUUAGAUGUGAAAACUGCACAUAUGUACCAAAUGGUGAUGUUUGAUUUGUUUAUAGGCGUCUUGGCCCUUUACAUUCAUGCUCAUGGCAGUGUAUUUUGUGACAUAGAACAAAGCCUGCUAGGGAGAUUGCUCACUGCUACAUGCUGAAACGCGCGGCUUAACCUGCAUUUAUGUUCAAUAUACGCCUUUAUUUCCUUCAAACAGCAGUGUAGGUGUGCAUACUGCAGACAUUGUCUUUUGCUUCGGCUCAGAGACACAAGGUGAUGCUCUUGAGAUGAGGUAGCCUAAAAAAAAGCCCAGAAAUAAGGGGGAACCACUGAGAAAUCGGGCAUUGACAAAAUAAAAAAAUCCACAUGUAACGUUGUAAAGAGGGGUGUUGGCACAGAUGCGAGGCAGCAGUUGUAUGCGUGAUCAAUCUGGGAAAUGUAUACUGCUGUAUGUAAGCUGGUCGAUAGUAGCACUAAAUGUGAUGCAUUGUAUGCUGAAUAGAGAGCUGCGCGAGGGUUAGCCAUAAAUGAGCGCGCGAGAAGAGGAGGGAGGAUGCCAUUCGCUUCCUCUGGGCUUGCGGCUCUGCGAAUGUCUUCCCUUUUUUACGCUGAAUGUUGUAACAGCAUUGACAAAUAAGCUGUCGUGUUGGGAAGGAAAAUGAUUCGCCCUUUCCUGCACGGUGUGUGUGUGUGUGUGUGUGUGUGUGUGUGUGUGUGUG